UGCCGCGCUGGCACAUCUUCCUGGAGAAAGGGAGGGUGCGGCUGCAGAGAACUGAGACCUAGAAGCUUUAGAUAUCUGUAUCUUAGAACAAAAUCGUUGGGGUAGGGGGAGAGUUGGGGACUGAGGCUCUGAGGAAGGCCCAGCUCUUGCCAGGCCAACCUGAGACAUGUCUGACACAAGCGAGAGUGGUGCAGGCCCAGCUUGCUUCCAGGCCAAAGCUUCAGAAAAGGACAGUGGCUCAAUGAUCCAGACCCUGUUGAUAGUAACUAAGAAUUUAGAAGUCUCAGAGACACCAAAGGCUUCAAAGGCACAAGAGAUCUCAGAGACUGCAAAAGUCUCAAAAGCCUUAGGGGUCUUGAAGACCAUGAAGGUCUCAAAGGCCCCAAAGGCUCAGGCAGCAUCUGCCAUCCAGUCCUCACCUGCCAAACAGCUGACUGAUACUCAGGUUUUGACAGCUGAAAACAAGAGUCCAGCAGGUGACAGCAAGACACAGAAUACUGACUUGCGGGCUGUGGCAAUGCCUGCCACUGAGACCAAAAAGGUCAGCUGUGUAGCUGAUAUGAAGGUCAAUACAAAGGCUUCAGAGAUUGAGGCUACUGCUUCUCAGGCUCAGGCAGAUGAACCUGAGCAUGAGGGUACAGCUGUCCAGGCUCAGGAGAAUCAAGAUACUCGGCCCAAGGUGAAGGCCAAGAAAGCCCGAAAGGUGAAACAUCUGGAAGGGGAGGAGGAUGGCAGCAGUGAUCAGAGUCAGACUUCUGGAACCACAGGUGGUCGACGGGUCUCAAAGGCCCUAAUGGCCUCAAUGGCCAAAAGAGCUUCAAGAGGGCCCAUAGCCUUUUGGGCACGCAGGGCUUCAAGGACUCGAUUGGCAGCUUGGGCACGGAGAGCUUUGCUUUCCCUGAGGUCGCCUAAAGCUCGUAGGGGCAAGGCUCGCCGUAGAGCUGCCAAACUGCAGUCAUCCCAAGAACCUGAAACACCACCACCUCGAGAUGUGGCUCUUUUGCAAGGAAGGGCAAAUGAUUUGGUGAAGUAUUUGUUGGCUAAAGACAAGACAAAGAUUCCCAUCAGACGUUCAGACAUGCUGAAGGACAUCAUCAAAGAAUAUACUGAUGUGUACCCUGAAAUCAUUGAACGAGCAGGCUAUUCCUUGGAGAAGGUAUUUGGGAUUCAGUUGAAGGAAAUUGAUAAGAAUGAUCACUUAUACAUUCUUCUCAGCACCUUAGAGCCCACCGAUGCAGGCAUACUGGGAACGACCAAGGACUCACCCAAGCUGGGUCUCCUCAUGGUGCUUCUUAGCAUCAUUUUCAUGAACGGAAAUCGGUCCAGUGAGGCUGUCAUCUGGGAGGUGCUGCGCAAGUUGGGGCUGCGCCCUGGAAUACAUCACUCACUGUUUGGGGAUGUGAAGAAGCUCAUUACUGAUGAGUUUGUGAAACAGAAGUACCUGGACUAUGCUAGAGUCCCCAACAGCAAUCCCCCUGAAUAUGAGUUCUUCUGGGGCUUACGUUCUUACUAUGAGACCAGCAAGAUGAAAGUACUCAAGUUUGCCUGCAAGGUACAAAAGAAGGAUCCCAAGGAAUGGGCAGCUCAGUACCGAGAGGCAAUGGAGGCAGAUUUGAAGGCUGCAGCUGAGGCUGCAGCUGAAGCCAAGGCGAGAGCCGAGAUCAGAGCACGAAUGGGCAUUGGGCUUGGCUCUGAGAAUGCUGCUGGGCCCUGCAACUGGGAUGAAGCUGAUAUUGGACCCUGGGCCAAAGCCCGGAUCCAAGCAGGAGCUGAAGAUAAAGCUAAAGUCCAAGAGAGUGGUAGUGCUAGUACCAGUGCCAGUCCCAGUACUGGUACCAGUGCCAGUGCUAGUGCCAGUGGUGGCUUCAGUGCCAGUACCAGCUUGACUGCCACUCUAACAUUUGGGCUUUUUGCUGGCCUUGGUGGAGCUGGUGCCAGCACCAGUGGCAGCUCUGGUGCCUGUGGUUUCUCCUAUAAAUGAGAUUUCAGGUAUCUACCUUGGUUUCAGUGGAGGCAGUUGGGGUUUAUGGGGAUGGGAUGAAAAGCUGAAACCCAGGGUUAGAAAAUGAUAAGGAGAAUAUACAAAGACACGGCUUCUGGCAUUUAUUUCUUUCUGUUUGGUGGCUAUCAAUUGACUUUUUGAUUUUUUUUAAAUUUGUGUUUGCAAAUAUCCUUAAUUCUAGCAGUCUUUCUCUUCAAACUAGGUUGCACCCUCAGAAACCUACUCAAAACAGCACUCUAGGCAGCCACUGUCAAUCAAUUGAAAUUGACACUGCAUUAAAUCUAUUUGCUGUUUCUGA